ACAUUGAAAACGACCGGCUGUUUUUAACCCCGUUGACCUCCGAAUUUCUCGACUAAGUACCGACAUCAUGUCGUGGUCACCCUCCUACAAUUGGACGGGUGCGCCCGCCGUGUUCGACGGCAGCAAUCCCGAGACCGGCGGAGAUUCUAGCACCGAAAACUUGAACCAAUGGUACCAAUCAGGCGACCAGGCCUUCAUCAUCGUCUCGGCAUGCAUGGUCUUGCUCAUGGUGCCCGGCAUCGCGUUUCUAUACUCGGGCCUGUCUCGAAGAAAGUCGGCCUUGUCUCUGAUCUGGGUUGUCAUGAUGUCCUUCAGCGUCAUCAUCUUCCAGUGGUACUUCUGGGGUUACUCGCUGGCCUUCAGCUCGACGGCCACCAACGGCUUUAUCGGCGACUUACAUCACUUCGGUCUCAUGAACACCCUCGCCAAGCCUUCGCCCGGAUCACCGCUCAUCCCUGAGCUGCUGUACUCUUUCUACCAGAUGAUGUUCUGCGCUGUAACCGCGGCCCUCGUCAUCGGCGCGGUCGCCGAGAGAGGUCGCAUGCUUCCCGCUAUGGUCUUCGUCUUCUUCUGGGCCACGCUCGUAUACUGUCCCCUCGCCUGCUGGGUUUGGAAUGUUAACGGAUGGGCUUUCAACUACGGUGUUCUCGACUACGCUGGGGGUGGACCCGUCGAGAUCGGUUCCGGUCUAUCCGCUCUGGCCUACUCGUGGGUUCUCGGCCGCCGCCACGAGAAGAUGAUGCUCAACUUCCGACCUCACAACGUUUCCCUCGUCACGCUCGGUACCGUUUUCCUUUGGUUCGGCUGGCUGGGUUUCAACGGCGGUUCUGCCUUUGGCGCUAACCUAAGAGCUACAAUGGCAUGCUGGAACUCUUGCCUAACUGCUACUUUUGCCGGUAUGACAUGGUGUCUGCUCGAUUUCCGUCUUGCGAGGAAGUGGUCCAUGGUUGGUUGGUGUUCCGGUGUCAUUUCUGGCCUCGUUGCUGCUACGCCUGCGUCUGGUUUUAUUCCUCCUUGGGCAUCGAUCAUCCUGGGUGUUGUCACUGGCGUCUGCUGUAACUUUGGCACUAAAGUCAAGUUCCUAGUCAGAAUCGACGACUCCCUCGAUGUGUUCGCUGAACACGGUAUCGGCGGUAUUGUUGGUCUCAUCUUCAACGCCUUGUUCAGUGCAAAUUAUAUCAUCGGCCUGGACGGCGUCAACAAUGGAGUAUAUCCCGGCGGUUGGAUUGAUCAUCACUAUGCCCAGUUAUACAUCCAGAUCGCCUACAUCGUCGCCGCCUGCGCUUAUUCGUUCGUCAUGUCCGCCAUCAUUGCCAAGCUCAUCGACCUCGUACCCGGUUUACACUUGCGCGCUACGGAAGAGGCCGAGCUCCUGGGUAUGGACGACGACCAACUCGGCGAAUUUGCCUACGACUACGUCGAAGUGCGUCGCGAUUUCUUAGCGUGGACCCCCGCCAAGGAAGAGCCUACCGCGGACGGCCACAGAAUCAUCCCGCAGCACGGAAUCGAAGAGCACCAACACAUGGCCAAUACGAACGGCCUGGCUCUCGAGAAAGAGCAGGAGAAGCUAGGAGCUUCGGUUAGAGCCCCCGCCAAGGCGGCCGCUGCCGAAGAUACUGCUACGCAGGGCAGCAGGGGAAGCGGAGAAUAAGCAAGCCUCUGCUUCGUUUACUUCCACCUCGACUGUAUUAAACCCCGGAGGACCAUCAUCGACCGUUGUUACUAUUACACUACACUAUUUGACAUAAAUUGCGCGUGUGUUAUUACAUAAUACCCAUCAGUUCUUUUUUUUUCUCUUCUUGUCCUUUUUUUAUUUGCGUGUUCUUAUUAUUCUCCGUCCAAGUCGGAGUUCGUCGGAAGAAAAAUAAAAGUUCUGCCGGGAGGGGGCGGGAUGAAUGAUAUUGUUUUUCGUCCUUGAAGGCAUGGCGUUCUAGGCGUUGCUAUUACUGCUGCUUCUCUGAUAUGAGAGACAAACAAGGAGGGAGGGAGGGGAGGGGAGAUGUUUGCGACGAUUUGCGACGAUUUGAGACGAGGGGACGGAUUGAUGGAUACGAUGUCUUGUGUGAGGGUGAGGGAUGAACAUGCUGGCUGACUACCUAGGUUAGUUAGGCUAGGUACAUAGGUAUAUACUGCCUAUACUACCAACUACCAAUGCAAAUUUUUGGAACGCUUUA